AUGAUGGACCAAGAAAAUACACAAGAUGGUUUAGACGCUGACUACGCGAAGGGGCGAAAUUGCUGGUCAAAAUAUUUUCUGAAUGGGUUUUGGUACGAAUGGAAGGAACUGUCAAAACUUGCUGUCCCUAUUAUGUUCACAAGUUUGGUUGAGUACCUUACUGCACCCAUCAGUCUUUUCUUCUGUGGGAAACUCGGAAAAACUGAGCUGGCCGCAGCGGGUCUUGCGAUAUCCCUUUUUCAUACUGCCGGCGUCUCCUUCAUUAUGGGGCUUCUUACUGCCGGUGAAACCCUUUUUGCGCAGACCUACGGUGGAAAAAAUAAGUUCGGACUCGGGAUACAGGUGCAAAGGUCUUUCUUAAUCCUCACCCUUUGUUGCCUUCCUUGCUGGGCCGUGCAUUUGGUGAUUGAACAAAUUCUUCUGUCCACCAACCAACCUCCUUUGAUAGCCAAGUAUACUGGCGAGUAUAUUCUUGGAAUGAUGCCUGGACUAUUUUUCUUCUCCAUCUUUGAAAUCCUGACAAAGUAUGUGCAAACCCAGAACAAAGUACUGCCACCACUCAUUGCUGGAAUCAUAGGAAAUCUCGCCAAUGCUAUUGCACACUACGUUUUCAUUUACCAUAGCGACAUUGGCAUUAUAGGUUCUGCGCUUUCACAGUCCGUAUGUUAUUUUGUCCAAGCUAGCUGCGUUUUGGUUUAUAUUGUCGCCUCUGGAAUAUACCGCCGCACAUGGGAUGGUCUUCAUAUUGAAAUGUGGCAUGACUGGAGUGUAUGGUUUCGCCUUGGCUUGCCGGGUGUGGUGAUGUUUGGGCUUGAGUGGUGGGUUUGUGAGGCCGGAAGCCUCACCGCCGGUAUGAACACUCCGCUGCCUGCUGCCGCUGAAAGUCUUCGCGGAGAAGAGGCUCUUGCCGUCCAAACCAUUCUGAACAACGUUGAAUCCAUCCUAUUUUGUACUUUUCCCAUGGGAUAUGGUAUUGCUGUAGCAAUUCGUGUUGGCCAAUUUGUCGGUUCCAACAACUCUGUAGGGCCAAAGUUGACGGUCUUUGUAGGAAUACUUACUCUGGUGUUUGUGGCAAUAAUGAAUACAAUUAUUCUUUUGUUUGGACGCUACCAAAUCCCACGAAUCUUUACAGGUGACGUCCAAGUCUUUUCUUUAUUUGCUACCACGGAUGUUCUAACCCUUCGUUAUCGUUUCAGUAAAAUUAUAGCGGCAACCGCUUAUGGCAUGCCGUCUGUCGUCGCAUACCAAUUCUUUGAUUGCAUUGUGGGUGUGUGUAGUGGAGUUAUCCGAGGUGUUGGAAUGCAAAGGUUCGGGGCCAUUGUGUGUUGCGUCAGCAUGUAUCUGAUCGGCGGGCCACUCGCCCUCUGUCUUCUUCUCCUAACCGACCUCGUUGUGCCAGGUUUCUGGUGGGGUCUUACAGUUGGCAUGGUAAUUCAAGUCAUAUUUUACAUCACCAAGUGCUGUCGGAUUGACUGGGUGCAGAUGUGCCGUCAAGCUGAAAGGCUAACUGAAAUCAAGUUUGUCAACUCUAGUUUGGGUCGUGAGACCUUCCAAAUGACAGAAGCUGUAAAAGAGAAAAGCGAGGAUCACUCAGGGGCAGAUGCCGGUAACGACGGCUGUGAUGAGGAUGCAGAAUUGGUAAAAGCCUGCACACCCUUGAUACUAAUAACACGGUCUCUGAUUAUUGUUACCUUCUCCGCGCUUCUGCUGGUUGCCAUCUGCUGCCGGUACUACAUCGACUGGUCAAGGUACUUUCAAAGCCACUGUCUCCUCAACAAUGGCACCCUUCUCCCGCUUCAUAGCAGAUCGAUAGUCAGGGAACUAGGCUGCGUACGCUUAAUUCCCUGA